AUGGGCAAAGGCUUGUCCAAAGGAGCAGCGGCAAGUGCAACUAUCGAUUCGAAUGCAUUAAACAAUUAUUACAAGAUUUUUCCUGACGACGAGAAUGAAAAAAAACGUCAACACUUGAGACAUAAUCUUAUGAGAGAGGUUUUUAAAAGUAAUUUCUCCUCUCCUGUACACGACGUAUUAAAUACUGGAUGGGCAAGAGUAUUGGAUGUUGGAUGUGGGACUGGGACUUGGUUAUUUGAGAUGUCUGCGGAUUUUCCAGGGUGUAACUUUAUUGGUACAGACAUACUAGUCCCAUUGAAAUCAGAGUUGAAACCUUUUGAUGUGAAAUUUGAAGAAGCUGAUGUUGUUGAUGGUUUACCAUAUGAUAACGAUUCCUUCGAUUUUAUAUUUUUGAGAUUUAAUUUGUUUGAUUAUAGUGAAGUGGAAUGGGAAAAUGUCAUCAAAGGUGAGAUUUGGUUGGUUGAAUCAAUAUGUUGGAUUAAUCGAGCCUCUUUAAUGGAAACUGAAUUAGUAGUUAAUAAUGCAGGACCAGCUACAGAAAUGUUAUUGAAUGCUGGCAAGUAUUCAUUUAUUUCUUUGAAAAAUACUGAUUUCUCUGGAUUUAAUUUAAUUUGGCCAGAAAUUUUAGAAUCAUUACCGGAACUUGCCAGUCUACAUUUGGAAAAGAAACACAUGCCAAUUGGUAAAUGGGGUGGUAAAUUAGGCGAGUCGGGUGCCGAAUUCAUGAAAGGUUCUUAUGAGGCAAUGUUGAGUAAAUUUAAUAAAUAUCUCGGUGUAAAACCUAAAGAUUUUGAUAAAUAUUUGAAAAUUUAUAUGGAUGAAGCCGAGACAAAUAAAAGUAGUUUAAUCGUACAUCGUGUUUAUGUUCAAAAGAGAAAGAGUUUAUGA